AUGACGGUGGCGCCGGGAAGCGCGCUGGCGGUGAGCGCGGCGAAGCAGGCGGAGAUGAAGGACACGGGGGCGUGUUUGUUGCAAAACUGCGGGAAGGAGCUCGCGAAGUGCGUGACGGAUGAAAAGUGUUUGGAAGAUUUGGUGUGCCUGCAGGGAUGCUUCGGACAGCCGGACGAGGGGGACUGUCAGAUUCGAUGCGGUGAUUUGUACGCCUCGCAAGCGGUCGGGACGUUCAACACGUGCGCGGUGACGGAGAAGUCGUGCGUGGCGCAGCGAAAGGACGACGGAACGUAUCCUGUGCCGCCGUUCGACGCGCUCGCGGAUGGAUUCACGAUCGACACCAUGGUGAAGGAAAAGCGCUGGUACAUCGUCGCCGGAUUGAAUAAGGACUUUGACACCUUCGAUUGCCAAGAACACUUUUUCGACAAAGGAGACGAUGGGAAGAUGUACAUUAAGAUUAACUGGCGCGUGAACCGGCCGAAUGGGCAAUUCUACGAACGCAACGACGUGCAGAGAUUUUACCAAGAACCCGACGGUAAAGCCAUCUUGCACAACAACGGGAACGUGAUGUUGCACUAUCAAGACGAUUGGUACAUCCCCGCGUACAAGGAAGGGGAGUGGGUGUACAUUUACUAUCGCGGUACCAACGACGCGUGGGACGGAUACGGCGGCGCCACGGUGUACGCGACGACGCCCGAUCUCAAGCCAGAGUGGAUCCCCGAUCUCGAAGCCGCGUCCAAAAAGGUGGGCGUGAAGUGGAGCGACUUCGUCAUCACCGAUAAUUCGUGCAAGCCCGCCCCCGAGCUCAAGCUCACCAAGCCGACGGAUCUCGACACCCUCGUCGACGACGCCGAGGUGAUCGAAAAAGACAUCGAAAAAGACGUCAAACGGAUCGAAUCCUUCUUCACCACCGAGGCCGUGACUCUGGAAGAGAAGCUUCGACGGCUCGAGAGCGGUCUCGUCAACUCCGGUCCGGGCCGUCCCGCCGGUUUCGUCACAAAGGAUGAUAAAAACUCGACGCUCACCAAAAAGGAACAGCGACAGCUCGAAAAGGUGGCCAAGCGUCUGGACAAGCUUCAAGAUAAUUUCAGAGACGACGCCGGCGUCGUCGACGGGCGCAACGACUAG